AUGCCGGCCCCGCUCCCAGCAGACAUCCAGCUGCAUGAUGGCCACACCAGCGAGAUUCCUCGGACUGCAUCGAUCAGUACAAAUCUUUCGAAUUCGGAAAGUCAUCAUGUUCAGCAAGACUCGCCCCAGUACUCUCAUAACCACUCUCCUACCGCCAAUGCCAUAUUCCACUCAAGGCACUCAUCGUCUGCUAACUCUGAGUCGAGUAACCACUCAUCGCCUGCGCCAUUAUCUCCGCAUUCUUCUCCCCCGCCGAACCCAAGGCCGUCCAGUAGUCUCUCCGGCCCACUUUCUAUUGGGUAUCGCUCCAAGUCGAUAACAAAGCACUCCGAUAGCCUAUCCGAAGUUGCGAGAGCCGCGCUAAGCUCUCACAAGCCGCUACCUCCGGGCACCAUCAGCGUUGAGGAUGCAAUCAAGAUGAUUACCGAGUAUCCCACUCGGAUGCUGGUGGAUACCUUCCAAUCACCUUUUGUCCACCCUAGACUCAAUCGAGAUUCGCCUAGAGGAAUGCCAGAGCCCAUCGCGGUUGCUCUUGCGUGUGUUGGAAUGAAGAUGCAUGCGGAACAGUCGGGGCUCCCCUUCGUUUGCAACAUAUUCUGUGACCAGAGAGAAAAAUUGCUCAAAGACUUGCCAUCCAUGUGCGGCAAAUAUGAGGAGAUCACUGCAGCUCUUCAUGCCAUGUGCAUCUACCAAAUCGAAGGACUUCUGUCCGAAAAUCGAUACGACUCGAAACUCUCGCCUGCUGUCUUACAUCAAGAAUACUUGAUCCGAAUGACUCGCCGCAUCACCAAACAGCUCGAAAGAGAUGCUCCGCAGUUCUUUGAUUCGCCUACUGCCAGCAAUAUGCCUUGGGCGACGUGGACUAUUCACGAAUCACUUCGGCGUGUUCUCUUCUUGCUAAUGAUCAUCCAUCAGCUUCUCGGCGCAACUAAAAUACUAGAUCCAGUCUACUUUGAGCCACUUUUCUACGAUCAUAUCUCCGACCGACUACUCUUGCCAUGUCACGAGAGUUUGUGGAAGGCAAGUACCCAAGCAGAGUGGGAAGAGGCUAGGAAAGGGCUUGGAACCGGCGAACAAAGGUGUCUAAGUGAUGCAGUUAAGCAGCUCAAUGCGCAAGCUGACGGAAGAGACACUCUAAUGAGUGGAAUUAGUCUGGAGCGCGACGACGCUCUCAACUAUUUCGAGCAACUCUCAGAGAUCACAAAGUUGACAGUAAGCGUGGCACAGAUCAAGGUAAAAUAUCUUUGA